GUGCCACUGCGUGAGGUUCCACUGGAUGAUGAUUCGAAGUUCCUUGCGAUGGAGCUGGAGCGCAAGCGGCUGAUGGACGAGGACCCACGCAAGAAUGCGCAGAAGAUUGCUGAUUUAGAGAAGGAUAUGAACGACCGCGCCCACGAGUUGGCACGCGAGAAGAAACUGGCUGACCGUGCGUUCCUUGACCAGAACCCUGAGGGUGUGCCACUGCGUGAGCUGCCGCUGGAUGAGGAUCCGCAGUUUGUUGCGAUGGAGCAGGAGCGUAAGCAGCUGAUGGACGAGGACCCACGCAAGAAUGCCCGGAAGAUUGCUGACUUAGAGAAGAAAAUGAACGACUGCGCCCACGAGUUGGCACGCGCGAAGAAACUGGCUGACCGUGCGUUCCUUGACCAGAACCCUGAGGGUGUGCCACUGCGUGAGCUGCCGCUGGAUGAUGAUUCAAAGUUUCUUGCGAUGGAGGAGGAGCGCAAGCGGCUGAUGGACGAGGACCCACGCAAGAAUGCCCAGAAGAUUGCUGAUUUGGAGGAGGAAAUGAACGACCGCGCCCACGAGUUGGCACGCGAGAAGAAACUGGCUGACCGUGCGUUCCUUGACCAGAACCCUGAGGGUGUGCCACUGCGUGAGCUGCCGCUGGAUGAGGAUCCGGAGUUUCUUGAGAUGGAGCAGGAGCGCAAGCGGCUGAUGGACGAGGACCCACGCAAGAAUGCGCAGAAGAUUGCUGAUUUGGAGAAGGAAAUGAACGACCGCGCCCACGAGUUGGCACGCGAGAAGAAGCUGGCUGACCGUGCGUUCCUUGACCAGAACCCUGAGGGUGUGCCACUGCGUGAGCUGCCGCUGGAUGAUGAUUCGAAGUUCCUUGCGAUGGAGGAGGAGCGCAAGCGGCUGAUGGACGAGGACCCACGCAAGAAUGCGCAGAAGAUACGCAGCUUGGAGAAGGAAAUGAACGACCGCGCCCACGAGUUGGCACGCGAGAAGAAAUUGGCUGACCGUGCGUUCCUUGACCAGAACCCUGAGGGUGUGCCACUGCGUGAGCUGCCGCUGGAUGAUGAUUCAAAGUUUCUUGCGAUGGAGCAGGAGCGUAAGCGGCUGAUGGACGAGGACCCACGCAAGAAUGCGCAGAAGAUUGUUGAU